CCCUUAGUCUGGCAUUCCUUCUUUUUUCUUUUUCCUCAUUCUUCGUUUCAUUCACCAACUCAAGCGCCUCACACUCUCUUACUCUCCUACUCUUCUACUCUCUCACUCACUCACUCUCUCUCCACUCCAACCAACAAAACCAUGAAAGCCCUUAUCAUCGAAAAGAAAGACACCAAACCCGUCUACCACGACGCCAAAGUUACUGACCUGCCCAAGCCAGAGACCUUGGAGGAGAACCAGGCUCUGCUGGAGAUCAGUGCUGUGUCGUUCAACCACCGUGAGCUCUGGAUCCGCAAAGGACAGUACCCUGGAAUCGUGUUCGGCUCGAUCAUGGGAGCCGAUGGUGUCGGCAGAAUUGUGGAUGUCAAGGGCGGCUCAAAGUUCAAGGUCGGCGACCGCGUCGUUGUGAACCCCUCAACGGGCUGGAUCAAGGAUCCUAGGGGACCCGAGGAGGCAUAUUACAUUCUUGGAGGAACCCAUGCUGGAGGUGUGAUGGCAGAGUACUAUGUCGCUCCACAGGAAGAGAUCUUCAAAGCACCGGAUCAUCUGACGGAUGCUGAGGCAGCUGCUUUGCCCCUUGCAGGACUUACGGCGUACCGCGCAGUCUUCACGAAGGGACAGGUCGCCAAGGGCCAAAAUGUGUUGAUUACAGGCAUUGGUGGAGGUGUUGCGUUGUUGGCGUUGGCGUUCAGUGUCUCUGCCGGGGCGAAUGUCUAUGUCUCAUCGUCAGAUGAAGAAAAGAUUCAGAAGGCCAUCCGAUUAGGCGCCAAGGGCGGCGUCAACUACAAGGACGAAAAAUGGGGCGACAACCUGCAAAAAAUCGCUGGCGGAGAGUUCUUUGAUGUGGUGAUCGACAGCGCCGGUGGAGAUGCGUUCAAGACGUACACCAAGAUCCUGAGAGCGGGAGGCAUCGUGGCCACAUACGGUAUGGCGACCAAGCCCGUGAUCGAGGUCUCUAUGGCAGCCGUUCUCAAGAAUAUCGAGUUGCGUGGAAGCACUAUGGGUUCACGCCUAGAGUUUGAGCAAAUGUUGGACUAUGUCUCGAAGCACAAGUUGAGACCAGUGGUGAGCAAUGUCUGGCAGGGCCUCGAGUCUGCGGACGAAGCGUUCGAGAUGAUGAAGAGUGGAAAGCAGUUCGGAAAGCUGGUUCUGUCGCUCAAGGCCAGUUCGAAGCUGUAAAAGUGCCCGCUGUGCAUCGUAGAAUAAAAUAAAUAAAUGGACUGCGUCAUCAUCCCGAUAAAUACCU